ACACCCUGUUUUUUGCUGCAGCUAUAGGGUGUGUCAGCUCAGCUACAGAGAAUCUACUGAACUGCUGCAGUCUCCUUCUCGAGAAUGUCGUCGGCGGACGGGGAGAGUGUGUUCGGGCGCGGGAAGACGUUCCGCGGGAAAGGCGUGGACGACUCGUGGAAGAAGAUUCAAGAGAGGACCUUCACCAACUGGGCCAACGACCGUCUCCGAGGAAACCUGAAAGUCGCCAAGAGACAAUUGAAGACGCUGGAGGAGGAUCUGAAGGACGGGCAGCUGCUCAUCGAGCUGGUGAACAGACUGGCAGCCACCGAAGAUGCCCAGAGCACCCAAGGCGGCAAGGCCGAGGGCCCCAGAGGUCCAAAGUCCAUCGAGAAGUGGGACAAAAAUCCUCGCGGAAAGCUCCAGUGCCUCGAGAAUAUAGGAAUGGCUCUCCACUUCUGCGAGUUGCAUAACAUCAAGCUAGUCAACAUUGGACGGGGGGACAUCUAUGAUGGGAACAUGAAGCUGAUUCUCGGACUACUGUGGACACUGAUCGGAAAGUACCAGAUCAAGAUCAGCGGGAAAGGCAUAACAACCAAGAAGGCCAUGAUUGGCUGGAUCAACACCGUCAUACCCGAGUACGAAGUCUCCAAUUUCAACACCGAUUGGAACGACGGGCGAGCUGUGUGCGGAAUGGUGGACCGCAUCCGACCUGGGCUCUGCCCCAACCACUUUGCCCUGGAGCGGAGCCACGGUCUGGAGAACUGCAGACUCGGAAUGGACCUCUCGGAACAGCACCUGGACAUCCCCAAAGUCCUCACCCCCGAGGACCUCAACAACCCAGAAGUGGACGACCUGAGCAUCAUGACGUACCUCUCCUACUUCUGCCAGCCGUACAACGCGGUGCUCCUGCAGUGGAUCCGCCAGAAGAUCCCUCACAGGGGAAUCAAGAACCUCUCCAGCGACUGGAACAACGGGAUCAACCUUGGAGCACUCACCGAGUCCUGCUUCCCAGGGAUCUGCUCCGAUUGGGAGGCAAUGGACCCGUCCAACGCCAUCAAGAACAACGAGAGGAUGAUCGCACUCAUCAAAGAGCGGCUCGGAAUCAACUGCCCGGUCAGCGCCGCUGAGCUUGCCGAUCCGAAGAAUGACGAAAUCGUCGUGGCAACCUACCUCCACCACUUCCGAAACGCAAAGCUCCACAACUCCCCAGAGCAGUUUUCCCUCCUCAUGCCCCCCCGACAGGCGGCUGCACCAUUGUACAGGAGACCUUCACCUUCGAAGUGCAAGUGACACAGGUCACAGGGGAAGACCUGACAAAAGAAAUCUCGGUCCAGGCUCACGGUCCAAAAUCAGCCUCAGCUGUUUCCCUUCAGCAGAAACCAGAGUCGGGAAAUUUGCUGGCUUCUUUCGUCCCCAUGGAGGCCGGCAGCUAUGACAUCAUCGCGUCGUACAGUGGAGAGAACAUCCAGGGCAGCCCGUUCCAGUUGCAAGUUGCUGACCCAGCAAAGUGCGAGUUCCUGGGGGGACCUCCAGGAACUCUGCAGGUGGGGGUGGUGGAGGAAGUGGUGGUGAAGACGCGAGGAGCCGGCGAUGGGAAACUGGGCUGCAGCGUGGACGAACCAGAGAAUACGGAGUCGGAUGUGGUGGGCAGCUCGCUCGAGGAGAACAGCGAAGACACGUAUACCAUCAGAUUGGAGCCGAAGUGUCUGGGGAAGGUGCAGCUGUUUGUGACAUGGGCUGGGAGAGACAUCCCCGAGAGUCCGGUCACCAUCAACGUCAGCAACGCCGCUCAGUGCAGCAUCAGUGGACUGGGUGUUGAGGAGGAGUAUGUGGUCGGAGAGCCUGUGAACUUCACCGUCGACACGGCAGGCGCGGGUGAGGGAAACCUUCUGGUGAAGCCUCGCGGAGCCAGCGCGCUGUACACACCCAACAUAACCAGCUCCGGUACAGAGCACAGUGUGUCAUUCACUCCCUGGGAGGUGGGGCAGCACAAGGUGGAGGUGCUUUGGGAGGGAACCCACGUCCCAGGCAGCCCUGUUGCUCUGGAAAUUAGGGCAGCACCUGACGCAAACGCCUGCAGCGCCACAGGCAGCGGGCUGAAGAGAGGGUACGCCGGGCAGCCAAACACCUUCAAGAUUCUCUCACCAGAGAAAGGGCUGCUGCUGCAGAAGAAGAAGGGGUUGGAGGUGACGGUCAGCUCCGCGGACGAAACAGUUCCUGUGGAGAUCACAGAUAAUGAAGACACGAGCUACACUGUCACCUACACUCCGCCAAGCGAAGGGCCACAUGUAGCCUCCGUCAAAUUCUACGAGAAACCGAUCAUGGGAAGCCCGUUCCAAAUCAGUGUUGUCCCCGCAGCCGAUGCCUCCAAAUGCAAGGCGCAUGGUCCGGCAUUGCACCCCAACUCCCUCCACAUCGCUGGAACUCCACUGGACCUGUUUGUCGACACAAAGGAGGCAGGGACCGGAGAACUGCAGGUGGUGGUGAAGGGACCCAACGACAUCAAACCCAAGAUCUACCAGGCCGAAGAGAGCGGCAUCCACUCCCUGAAGUUUGACGUUCCAGAUGCAGGGAAAUACUACAUCUACGUUUGGUGGUCACAGAUGCUCAUUCCGGGUGCUCCGUUCAAGAUCAAGGUCCACCCAGGUCCAGUGGCAGCCAACGUCAAGGCAUACGGCCCGGGGCUUGAGCCGACAGUCAAGGCCGGGGACAAGGGGGAGUUCACCGUGGAAACGAAGAAUGCUGGCAUCGGGACGCUGACCGUCAGGGUUCACGGGGUGAAGGGGAAGUUCAAAAUCGAGGCAAACCCGAUUGACGAGUCGAAUCCACGCACCCUGCUGGGGCACUACGACCCACAGGAGGGGGGCGAUUACAUCAUUGCAAUUCGCUGGUCUGGCGUCCACAUUCCAAACAGCCCGUUCAACGUCCACAUUCUUGCCAAAGAGAAGGAGAAGAAGAAAAAGACGAAAGAUUCGGUAGAGGAGGUAGAUGGGGAGGAGCCUGUUGCCAAGGGGAAACCGAGGAAGAUGACGAGGGAGGAAAUGAUGGCGUACCAACAACAGCAAAUGCUGAUGGCAGGUGGGCGGAGCAUGGCCUACAUGGCAGCUGGAGGAGCCGUCGCUAUGAACAAGAAAUACCGCCAGAAUCCUUCAAUGGCUCCGGCGACCUUUGCCCCCGAAGGACAGCAGCCUAGCAGCAAGACUUCCGACAAUAAGAAAGCCGAGAAAAAGAAGGCAAGGAAGAUCUAAUUAACAAUCCUAAAACAUAUAAACCUUAGUUUUCUGUAGUUGCAACAUUUAUGUACAUACUGUUUUUAUCCUGCACUUCUUUUUGUAUAUAUAUACCCACUUUUUAUAGAUUUUUUUUAUUACACUCGUUUAUGUGUAUAAUGCCCAAGAUGAAAAAAGCU